ACAUCAGGGGGAAUUUUCAUGACAGUGACAUAUCUGUCUGUGAUAAUUAUUCAGGGAACUUGUCUGAUGUCUUUCUGCAUUCCCGCACAUGCCCGGCCGGCGCGAAUCGUGUUUCAACUUCCAGAACUAUGGCAGAGUGGGAAACUCACUUUGCUGAAACUGGACAAAUUCUGUCGAAAAUGUUUCCAGUUGAUCCAGAGGAAACAAACUAUGUGCGGCGAGUAAAGAAUGUGGUAUUUUCUCGCGUCUAUCCUCAACCGUUCAAAACCAAAGUGAGACUGGUUGCUGUUUCAGACUCGGCUUUGAGAUACGUUCUAAACAUGCACCCAAACAUUUCCUCCGAUGUUAACUUUGUGAGGUUUGUCGCUGGCGGUUACCUGCCGUCAGGAAGCACGCCUCUCGCCCACCGUUACGGGGGACACCAGUUCGGCGAGUGGGCUGGGCAACUGGGUGACGGACGGGCAGUGAUGCUGGGAGAGUUCGUAAACAUGUUAGGGGAGAGGUGGGAGAUGCAAUUGAAGGGGUCUGGCCGUACCCCGUACUCUAGGCGGGGCGAUGGGCGAGCAGUGUUGCGAUCGUCAGUCAGGGAGUUCCUCUGUAGUGAAGCACUCUAUCAUUUAGGGGUACCAACAAGUCGAGCAGCUGCUUUGGUGGUCAGUGACGACCCAGUCAUGAGGGACCAGUUUUAUGACGGAAAUGUCCUUACUGAAAGAGGAGCAGUUGUUUUACGAUUGGCAAAGUCCUGGUUUCGGAUCGGCUCUUUGGAAAUUCUUUCCUACAAUGGAGAAUUCAAAAUACUUCGACAAUUGGUCGAUUUUGUCAUUCACAAUUAUUUCCCUCAUAUCUCCUCAACAAACCCAAAUAAAUAUGUUGAGUUUUUCCGUGAAGUUGUUUUGCAAACUACCAAGCUGUUGGCUUUGUGGCAGAGUCUUGGCUUUGCUCACGGUGUUUGUAACACUGAUAAUUUCAGUUUGCUCUCCAUAACCAUUGAUUUUGGACCAUUUGGGUUCUUGGACAGUUACAAUCCUGGAUUUGUACCAAAUGCGUCUGAUGAUGAUGGAAGGUACAGCUUCGAAAAGCAGCCAGAUGUUGGUCAUUUUAAUAUGGAGAAGCUUAGACAAGCUCUCUUGCCUUUGCUGAACAAGGCACAGGAAGCCCUUUCCCAGACUGUUCUUGACAAUUACGCUGAGGAAUACAAGAAACAGUUUAUGUGUUUGUACGGUGAAAAACUUGGCCUAAACCUCAGUGUUGUUGAAGACCAUGAAAACUUUGUCGCAGUGCUGUUAAAAAUGAUGGAAGAUACCCAGGCUGAUUUCACAAUGACGUUUCGACAGCUUGGGGAAAUAUCUCUAGCAGAAAUGAAAAUUGGAGAUGUAAACGAGGAAGUUUGGGCCUUGAGGACUCUCAGUAAACACAAGUGGUUCCCAGCAUGGACUCGUAUGUAUGGACAACUGUUAAGCGCUCAGGGUAUUUCAGACCUGGAUAGAAUGGCUUCCAUGCUCAAUGUUAAUCCCAGGUAUGUUUUAAGAAACUGGAUAGCUCAAAAUGCAAUAGCAAAGGCUAAAGUAAAUGACUUUUCAUAUGUUUACAAAGUUUUGCAAAUAUUAGAAAAGCCAUUUACGGAGCAGCCUGAAGCAGAAGAAUUGGGUUUUAGUGGUCCGCCCCCGUAUUGGGCAUCGUCUCUCAAGGUCAGUUGUUCUUCAUGACCUUGGCAGGCAAGUUCAUGGUGAUAGACAUUAGUAUUCCACCCUGAUUGCCAUGGUGACCAUCCUACUGCCACUAGAAACAAACCAAACACAACUGCCUAGAGAAACCAAACAUGGUUGUCGAGGGAAACCAAAAAUGGCUUUGGAGUGAAACCAAACAUGG